AACAGCUCAUUUUUCCUCAUUAAAGAGUAAUAUCCUGGAGACCAUCUGGCAAUGGCUAAGAACCGAAUAUCCAAAGCCUCAGCUUUGGUUAGAUAAUAAUUCUUCUUAGUUAAUAUAUCAGAUAGAUACACAGAACUAUCUUUGGGAGUAAAUGCACUGUUAAGACAAUUCACUAACUCCAUAUGUAUUAAUUAGAAAGGAGUUGUCCUUAACAAAGCAAUGUGCUUUCAAAAAGGAAAGAGUUAAAGAGACACAGUGUCCUUACCAAUUGGAAGUUGGUAGUCAUGAGUUUUAAAAUAUAUAGGUUUUACUGAUGUUUCACUGGGAAGAUCAGAUGUGUUCUAGCAAAAGUUUUAAAGUCCAAAAGAAAAUUUUACCUAGUAAAGGAAUUGUAUGCCAAUAGCUUCAAAGUUAGUCUUGUAGUUCUUAAAGGUUAUGUCCUUGCCUUACGGCAUAAAAUCCAAAACCGAGAUGAGACACUUAAUAAGCGUGGCUGGGCAGGUCAGUCAGGUGACUUAGAGCACUGGUGCAAAGAGCAGUGGGCUGGCCCACAGGGUGGCCUGGCAUUUGCAUGUUUUAACUCUCAUCCCUCUCCAGACCUAAGGAGAAAGCUUAUCUGUCAGCAUUUUCCAUAUUGAUGUAGAAUUGUAUUUGGAAGAUGAUGAAAAUUUGAUUUUAAAACCCAGUUUAUUUUUGUUUGUUUUUCUGUGUUUGUUGGCUAUGAAAGAAUGUUGCUUAACAUGGAAAACUGCAAAUGAGCCACUUAUUUACAGUCAGUAGUGUAUUGGAGAUCAAGAACAAUGUCUGAACUACCAGACAUUAUUCCCCAAGUGGGGAGUUGUAGUGCAGUGUGCUGAUGUGUAUGCUUUAACCAAAUGUAGGGAGAAUAAUAGGAGGAAAAAUACUUACUAAUUUAAGAAUCCUGUAUAGCUGGGAGGGAGUUAUCUAAGAAUUAAGCUCAUUAGUUAGGAACAAUUGAAUCUAUAAUCUGGAAGCCAUUUCCCUUUAUGUGGACAAAUUUCUUUACUGCAUGAACAGUGAACAAACAGCCGCUUGAAGCUGCCUGUAAUGUAUAGUGAAUCCUUCGCCCACUUGACUUAAAGCCUUUUAAACCUACCUGCAGUGGUAGGUAACAUGGUACUAAAGACUGUUCAGAAUAAUGCUAAAUUGAACCUAUUGCCCAGCAAUAUGCGACCAAGAACCAUUUUUGAUUCUUAGUCUUUGCUUCCCAGUUUGGUGGGUUGUUCUGGUUUUUUUGUUUGUUUGUUUGUUUGUUUUGUUUUUUGGGGGGGUUUUUGGGGUUUUUUUUGUAAUAUCAUCUGUUAUUAAUGCAGUAAUAAUAUUCAUUACUGUGAUAAUAGUCCCCUCACUCUCCACUCCUCUUCAGAGUUGCACACAGUCUGUCAGGUGAAUUAUGGGGAUUCGUGUUCUCUUCAGCAUCAGGCAUGGGACCAGCUGGUGCUGAGGGUAGAGCACUGGAUGAACUGUAAAGCUGCCAUGGAAGCCUGACAAAUAGAAAAAUACAACAAAGUGAAGAGAAAAUUCACUUCAUGAGAACUGAGCUCUGCUUUCAUUUGCUUUUAAAUUUAUUUAUAUUAGUAGCGGAUUAGUGUCAGAUCAUCUCUGUAGUCUGCUGUGGUAAAAUUACUAGGUUAAGCCUGGAAAAAAUGAAACAGUUAAAAAGAAAAAGAAAAAGCAAUUUUAGUGUUCAGGAAACUCAGACUCUCCUUAAGGAAAUCAGAAAAAGGAGAGAAGUACUAUUUUCAAAGCAACUUAAUACAACAAUUAAUGAGAUGAAACGGAAAGCUUGGGAGGAAAUAGCAGAGUGUGUCAAUGCUGUAGGUGAAGGAGAGCAGAGAACAGGGACAGAAGUGAAAAGGCGAUACCUUGACUGGAGAGCACUCAUGAAGAGAAAACGUCUGAAUGCAAACAUCAAAGUAGUAGGUGCUGGGUUUCACCUUCCUUCAUCCAAUUUAGAUGACUCUCUCAAUGAAGACAUGGAUGAGAAAAUGGGAUUUGCAAUUGAAUCUAGUUUUGAGUGGCAAAAUAUCACUGACUUCAGAGAACCCGGUGGAUCUUUAACAGAAAUCAAAGUAGAAGAGGAAGAUCCACAGAAUUUUGAAUUUCCUAUUGAGGAAGAAGAAGAAAUAUUGUCAUCAGUUCUGCCAGAUUCAAAAAAGGAAAAUGACCUACCAGACUUCCCCCACAUUGAAGAAUUUGGAAAUCUGAGCUCUGCUCAAGCUAGGCUAGCUUAUGAAGAUUCUCACUUGCUUAUAAAUCUGGAGAAGCAAAAGGUGGAGCUGGAGAAACAGCGACUGGACAUCGAAGCUGAAAGGUUGCAAGUGGAGAAGGAGCGCCUGCAGAUAGAGAAGGAGCGGUUGCGGCACGUUGACUUGGAGCGUGAGCGGCUUCAGAUUGAGAAGGAGCGACUUCAGAUAGAGUGGGAGAAACUCAGGCUAGAGACUCUGCAUGCUGAAAAACCUGUCCUGGAAAAUGACCUCACCCAAACUGAAAAACCCAUCAUGCAGCCUCUGGAUCUAGAAACUGAAAAGUUAAAACUUGAAAAAGAACGUUUGCAGUUAGAGAAAGAGAGGCUGCAGUUCCUAAAGUUUGAGUCAGAAAAGCUGCAGAUUGAGAAGGAGCGCUUACAAGUAGAGAAGGAGCGCCUUCGAAUUCAGAGAGAGGGUCACUUGCAGUGAACGUCUCAGCUAAGGUGUCAACGUUAGUGUUUUGAUGUUUCUAAAUUAGAAGUAGUUCUUUCCUUGAUACUGAAACUGGCCUAGGGGCUUAACAUUCUUCUGUUCAGAGUUGAAUGUUGAUGUUAAACUGAAAAAAAAAAAUGGUGCUCAAUAUGUCAGUGUGCCUACACUAUAAAUGAUUUUAUGUGUGAAAUUGCUUUUCAGUGUAUCAGAACUUACGUGUUAUAUUCUCUUGUCUUCAGUAUUGUGCUGUAUUAGUUCAGUGUCCUCCUCUCAUAGAGGCCUUGAAAAUAAUCCAGGCUGAACCUUGUAUUCUUUGUCACUGUACUAGCAGGAAGGAAGGAUAAGAAUAAAUCAGUGUUUGCUGUGAGGACAUGGUGCUGACAAUAGGCUAUAUGGUAAAGAAGUAUAAUUUUGGCAGAGCACAGGAAUACAGAGUCAUGAGAGCAAUUCAUUAAAUUUUUUUUGCCCGCUGCUUUUUUUCUCCACUCCCUCAAGUGGGAAUAACAGUUGAAGAGUUAUCUAGAAGUUAAAGUGCAAGUUAAAUUUGUUGCAGUUGUGUUUACUAUUGUUCCAUGGCUUAAAGUGAAUGGGAGUGCAGAAAAUAGGUUUGAGUUUUUAUGGUGGGCUUUUUUUUGGAAGUAUUCAUAUUAGGCAAAGUUACACAUCAGCCAUACAUACUAUAAGCUGGCCUGUUGGUUUCUCCAGGCCAUUAAUAAGGCUUUAUGGAGUAGAGCACUUGUGUUAGCAUAGCACAGGGAUUUACUGAUUGAUCCAGCAUUCUGUCUUAUGAGUCUGUGAUGACCCCCUGAAGGAAAUUGCUAGACCUUGUUUGUUCUUGGUAGGCAGCAGCUGCUGCUAAGAAUCUCAGAAAUGGAGACAUGGAGACUGAGCACAGCCUAAGAACCUCUGAGCUUGAACACUUCUACACUCAUUGCUGGUUCUGCCUGGCCAGUGCCAAGGUCAUGUCUGCAAGGCAGCCAGAAGAGGCUUCUGUGUCUGUCUAUGUAAUAUAUUUUAAUUAGACAAACAGAAAUGGUCAUUGCUGAAGGCUGUUAGUAUUUUUCAUAGGCAAUGUAGUCAUAUAACAAUAAAACAAAACAAAACAAAAAAAACCACCAAGCCAAAACAACCAGCCAAGGAAAGAAGCUUUCUAUUAUUUCAUAUAUGUUUAAAUCCCAACUGAGCCAGUCUUCACCUUUCUCAUCUUUCUGCAAAUAACUGUCUUGUUAACUCCAUUGGAAAUGUAGAACUGUGGGAAUACUAAGUCUAAACAUAUGUUGAGUGACUUAGGUGAAUUCGUGUGCAAGUAAAUAAUAUUUAUACCACUACAGGUUUACUUUUAUUCUGCAAAGAUUAUUUUUUUUAUUACUGAAACAAGUGUGCUUCUACAGUGGAAAUAAAUUUGACUACUACACUCCAAAA